ACACAACUUUGGAUAUCCUCACAUAUUGAUUCCUACAGUCCUUUCAGAAACAUCAUCCAUCAGGUUCUGCAGUUUCUUUGUGAACGUCGCUUAGUCAUCACUAGCUCGAGCGUGUCUUCGCGUUCAAGCUCCAAUCCACGGCCACGACCUCCGCCUCACCUCCGCCAUGUCGAAGCAGCUCAGCGCAAAUGGCGCGUCUUCGAAGCCAGACGCAGACGAUGACAUCUGCCCCGUAUGCAAGUCUCGGCGCUAUCUCAACCAAAACAUGCGCUUCAAAAUCAAUCCGGAGUGCUAUCAUGUCAUGUGCGAGUCGUGUGUAGACAGAAUCUUCAGUCAUGGACCCGCGCCGUGUCCGAUCGCCGGGUGCGCAAGGACGUUGAGGAAGGGCAAAUUCAGAAAGCAGACGUUUGAGGAUCUGGAGGUGGAGAGGGAGGUGGACAUUCGGACACGGGUUGCGCGCGCGAUGACUAAGAAGGAGGAAGACUUCGAGACGCUCAAAGACUACAACGACUACCUCGAACAAGUCGAGGAGAUCACAUGGAAUCUGAUUCUGAAGACCGACGUCGAAGAGACCGAGCGCCGGCUACGAAAAUGGGAAGACUUUCAGAAAGCAGAACUUGAUCCCUACGCUGUCCGACGCGCCAUCGAGCCAGACUCCAGCGAUACCUCACACCUCAAGAAGGGCGCCACGCAGCGCAAGACCUUGAAGUCGGCGAUAGCUUUGGAUUCGCUCGCCAAAUCCGACGACGCGAAGAAAGACACAGGGUUCAGUUUCAAUGGGCUGAAGAAGCGCGUUGCACCACCGCCAGAAGCUCCCUUCGAUCCUUUCGAUGGCUGGAGUAUUGAACCCGAAUAUUUUGUCUUGCAAGACGACUACGACGUGGAUUGGCUGACUAGCCAGAAAAACGAUCCAGUACAUCUGGUGGGUGGAUACGAUAUGCGAGACUUCUAUAAUCGAGCGUUGAGGGAGGCAUUUGGCGGGUUCGGUGUGUUCAUUGAGGACGAGAUCAAUGCACGAGCAGAGCCACCGUUGGACGCAGGCACUGGAGGUGUAGCUGCGGGUGGGAGGGAUGUCAUUAUGGACGACAUCUUCUAGUUUUUCUUGCACUGAUGAUACCCCGGCCGAAACAUGCCAGCAUUGGGCGGCGUUUGUGUUGAAUAACUAAGAGAUAUAUAGAUCAGAAUAUCGAGGUUGAGUCUUGAUACCGAGCAUCUAUCAUUUUUCC